UGGGGGAAAAUGAGUAAUUCAAAGCAGCCUGCUUCUAAACGCUGCAAGAGAAAUAAACGUAAAAGCUAGCCUUUGUCUCUGGAGACGCUGUGGAAAUGAUCCUAACUUUUGGUGUCACGGAGCAGAGUCUGGGGAAGCAGAACUCGGAAUCUGCUGGCAAGGAAAAGAACUAGGGGAAAAAAGAUAGGGAGGGGCAGACCGGAGGGGGAGGGAUAAAAAGAGAGAGAAGGAAAGACAAGCGUCACUUAGGUGGAGAGGUAGCCUGAAAGAAGAGAGACCUCCAGGAUUCAAAACCAAACCUACAGUGGAGUCUUUGUGUACUUUUUUCUUUUCCCUCUAGGAGAUCCCUGUCUGACCUGUCAUUUUCCUGACCACAUUGCUAUGACAGGCUCGCUCUUUCUCAGAAGUUAAAGGAAGACCCGCAGCUGUGGCUGAUUCUUCCCCUCCUCCGAGCCCAGUGGUUUCCCUGGUAAUGGACAACCUCCUUCCAAGCUUCAUCUAGCUUUUUUUGCUCAAAUGCCAAGGGAAUGCAACCGAUUUGAAAAAAGUGAAGUUGAUUUGCACAUGCAUUGAUCCAUCAGGAAGGGAAGUGCUUCUCCUUCCUUCCACAGGCAGGGCUCAUGCUGAUUCAGUGAGGUGAUACUAUUUCCUGUCUUCUCCACAGCUUCUACCCUGGGGAGACUCUGGAGCUCUAGUCUGUAAACCUAGCUAGGAAGAACCGCUGUAAAAAUGACUGAAGAGCCUGUAAAAGAGAGCCCGGGAGUCCCAAAGUCUCCCACGCCAGCGCCGAUGGAGAAAAACCCCAAGAGCGAAGUGGUGGUCACCACAGUCCCCCUGGUCAGUGAGGUCCAGCUGAUGGCUGCGACAGGGGGUGCUGAGCUCUCCUGCUACCGCUGCAUCAUCCCCUUCGCCGUGGUGGUCUUCAUCACAGGGAUAGUGGUCACCGCCGUGGCUUACAGCUUCAAUUCCCACGGCUCCAUUAUCUCCAUCUUGGGCCUGGUUCUUCUCUCCUCUGGACUUUUCCUGUUAGCUUCCAGCGCCUUGUGCUGGAAGGUGAGACAAAGGAGAAAGAAAGCCAAGCGACGGGAGAGUCAGACAGCUCUGGUGGCCAAUCAAAGAAGCUUGUUUGCUUAAGACUGAAUGAGACCAAAUGGGAAAUGCGGAAGGAAAACCUGCUGUGACUCAGUCAGCCCAUUCAUCCAGGACCGGCCGGGGAGGGGAUGAUCUGGCUUUGGAGUAGACUAGAAAAAUGGGGGUGGGUUGAAGGGGAAGGCUGGAUGUAGUCCUCAUUUGUGAGGAACGACCUGUCUUCUUUAAUGUCUGCUUUGUGAAUGCCUUCUUUAAUGACAAACUUAUUCCUAAGGGCUGUUUACUAAGACAGAAGAAUCAGCUUUCUCUUUAUGUUAUACACUUUGCCGGGGGGCAUAGGACAUACACAGCAUUAGGGCCGUGUUUGGUUCACUUUGGGAAGUAGCCAAGGAGUGAUGAGAAAAUAAUGAGAUAGUCCUGGGACAAGAGAUGCCUGCCUCCAAAAGAAAUAACCUGCGCUCUUUAAGAAGCUGUAUUAUAAAAAUGUUCUGCUGAAGGUCUACAUUGCCUUGGACUUGACAUACUCAUAGGAAAUUCUAGGAUAAUAUGUUUCCAUAUGUUGGUUCGCUGGUGUUUCGUUUUUAUUUCUCACUUUCCGUAACUCAUCACUGGUGGUACUUUACCUUGAAAAAUAAACUAAUAUUUUUUAUAUUGUAA